UGCCAUGGGAUGCGAGUGAGAGAGAGCGAGAGUAAUGUUUUACAUCAUCCAUCAUAUGCACUGCACUGAAGAGAGCGAGAGCGAGAGAGUGUGUGUGAGAGAGAGACAGCGGGAGAGGAUUGGGGUUGUUGCUCUCACCUCGUCGACUUUGAUCAUGCGUCGGUGCUGUUUGAAAGUCGCAUCGUGCAGCGUUGUUGGGCUUUGAUUUCGAGCGAGAAGGGGCGGAUUUGGGGGGGGCAGGGAUUGGAGAGCGAGCGGGGGUGGGAGGAGGAGUUGGAGGCGCCGGGAGGCAUGAUGGAGUCAGGGUUAGGUCCGUUUCUGGUGAUGCCGCCGCAUGGGGCCGUGACGGGCAUCAUGGAUUGGUGGCGUCGGGUGGAUUCGUCCGUGCUUUGGCAGGAACGCAUCUGGCUGGGCCUAGCAAUUGCGUAUGCUGUGAUCGCAGUGAUUGCGCUGGUGCAACUGAUACGGAUAGAACUGAGAGUUCCGGAGUACGGGUGGACUACUCAGAAAGUCUUCCAUCUGUUGAACUUUAUUGUAAAUGGAGUGCGUGCUGCGGUUUUCUGCUUCCGUGAGGAUGUGCAAGCAUUAUCCCCUGAGAUAUUACAGCACGUUCUUUUGGACCUGCCGGGCAUUUUGUUUUUCACCACAUAUACUCUUCUGGUGUUGUUCUGGGCUGAAAUUUAUCACCAGGCCCGAAGCCUCUCUACUGACAGCCUACGGCCGACGUUUUUGAUUACGAAUGCAGUAAUUUACUUGGUUCAGACUUUCAUCUGGGGCUACCUGUAUUGGUCUCCAAGCGUUCUUGUGAUGUCUGUGGCUAAGUUCUUCUUUGCAGCUGUGUCGCUUAUGGCAGCGCUGGGAUUUCUUCUGUAUGGUGGAAAGUUGUUCCUGAUGUUGAGGCGUUUCCCCAUUGAAUCAAAGGGCCGCAGGAAGAAACUCCGUGAGGUCGGGUGUGUGACAGCUAUCUGCUUCAUAUGCUUCACCAUCCGAUCUUUCAUCAUGACCUUCUCUGUAUUCAACAAAGCUAUUGACUUGGACGUUCUGUAUCAUCCAAUCCUGAAUGCUAUAUACUACACGCUUGUGGAGAUCGUUCCUUCAGCUCUGGUCCUGUAUAUUUUGCGCAAGUUGCCACCGAAGCGGCUAUCUGGACAGUACCAUCCGAUCCGGUAAAGUGAGUGGUAUUUCCAAGCUGGAGAUUUGAAGGAAACUAUGUUGAUGCGAUUCCUGUGCGUGUGCGGCGCUUUGGUCUGAUGGCUUUUUGCUCCAAGUUCUUGUCAUCUCAAUGAGGCCACUACGUGAUAAUGAGGCACAUUUGAUGCAGUAAUCAUUCCAGGUUAUUACAUGGAUCACUAUAAUAGUGAUGGCACCUAUGUCGUGUUUGUAGCCAUGUCUAAAGAUUUGUAUGCAUAGAAUGGUGACACAAGUAUUAUAUUGUUCACUUGGCUAUCUUUGGGAUUAUGUUCAUUUUGUUAACACAUCAAUACUGUCAAUAGGAUAGGCUGCACGUCAAUAUUUUGUGACAUCCUGGUGAGUAAAGCUUUAACAUAGGUUAGAGUUCUCAUUAAUGAGAACGAAUUCACAUUGGCCUUCAAAGUCGGAUGGAUUUGACAUUCCUACACAUUACAGAAUAAUAAUAUAUAUUUUUUCUUGAAACACA